AAAAUAUAUCGAAGUGUACUAUUUACAAUAACUGAUUCUACAACAAUGUUUAUUUGCUUUAUUAUUUUUUUAUUUAUUUGGGAAUAUUUACUUCUUACAAAUAAAGAAUUAAAUAGUAAUGAAGUUAGAAAUAAUAAUGACAAUGAAGGAAAUUUAAAAAAUGAAAGGAACCGACUUAAAUUAAUACAGAUAAUAAUUGGUUAUGGCACUUGCACACUUCUCGUUUAUGGAGGGCAUUCAUUCUUUAAUGCUGAAAAUAAUGGAUUUGCUAAUUCUCUUAAUUUUGGCAUAUUUAUAAUUAACGUUGUUGCCCUUUUCUGUAAAUUUCUUUUUGUUAGAAUUUAAAAUUUUUUUAAAGUUUUGAAUCUUUUAAAUGCCAUAAUUAAUCGAAUGGAACGUAUUUGUUCAGUUAUUGGGGUUAUUUUGUUCAUUAUUGCUUUUGGAAUAAUUACUUGGCAUUUAAUUAAAUAUGAAGUUGGCCGUAAUUAUGUUAUAAUUUUAAAGGCCUUAAUUGGAAUUCAAAUGACUGCUUUCAUUUGGGAUUACCAAAUUCUUGGGCACGCUUUUUAA